AUCACGUGAGUGAAAACGACCCAUUAUGGCGAUAAAGGGGGCACGACAAGGUGCUCGAGUAGUCAAGAAAGUCGUUGACAAAGUCAAACAUUCUCCGUUUCUAAAGACGUACAUACCAGCUGCUCAGGCAGCACCAGCUCCUCCACUAGGUCCACAACUUGGACAGAGACAAAUUCAGAUUGCAGCAUUUUGCAAGGAGUUUAAUGAAAAGACAAGUAAUAUCAAGCCUGGAAUUCCCUUACCUACAAGGAUUAAAGUUAAUCCUGAUAGGAGUUUUGAUAUCCAAAUAAACAAUCCACCUAUGACAUACUUCCUUCUACAAGCAGCAGGAACAAAAAAGGGAGCAAUGAAACCAGGUGAGGAGGUUGCAGGAAAAGUAUCUUUGAAACAUGUCUAUGAGAUAGCGCUCAUCAAAUCUAAGGAUCCAACUUUUGAGAAUGUGUCACUGCAGAAUGUGUGCAAGAGCAUCAUAACUGCAGCCCACUCCUGUGGCAUUGAAGUUGUUCCUCGCCUAGAAGAAGACUCUUAUAGACAGUUCUUAGAAGAAAGGAAAGAUAUUGUUAAACAGCAAGAACAACAACUAGAAGAAAUUAGGCAAGCAAAGAUGCUGAGGUUGUAACAUCAUCUUGAUGUUAUGGAAUGUUUGUGAGCCAUCGAUCCAUUUAUGUGUGUGUAGAGAAAUUAGGGCACACAAAAAGAUGCAGUUCAAUGCUUUGUAUUUGGAGGGUUUAUUUCUGCAAGUUUUGUGGCUCAACGAACAAUUUUUCGGCUUAGUUUCUAAGAGAGCAGAAAUAAAUGUGUAUUUGAAUUACA